CCUUCGAUGGGGACCCCAGUGGGCCACACCAUCCCUGUGGAGCCUGGAAAGCUCCCACCGUUUCGACCUCUGUAUCGCCUCAGUCCAGCUGAGUACGAGGAGGCUAAACAACAAAUUGAGGAGUACCUCAGGAAGGGAUGGAUUGAGCCAAGCGCAUCACCAUAUGGAGCACCAAUCUUGUUCGUUAACAAGAAGGGUGGUGGCUUACGCAUGUGCGUCGACUACCGCGCCUUAAACAAGAUCACGAUCAAGAACAGAUAUCCUCUUCCAAGGAUAGAAGACCUGUUCGAUCGACUCCAGGGUGCUCAGUGGUUUAGCGCGUUGGAUCUGGCACAGGGGUACCACCAACUGCGCAUCACUGAGGAAGAUGUUCCCAAGACGGCGUUCCGUUCGCCGUUUGGCCAUUUUCAAUGGCGUGUGCUUAGCUUUGGCUUGACCAAUGCUCCAGCCUCUUUUCAAAGGGCCAUGAACGAUGUGUUCCGCGAAGCAAUCGGGCACUUUGUUCUGGUUUACCUUGACGACAUCUUGGUUUAUUCCAAGACUGAAGAGGAGCACACUCAACACCUAAAAUGGGUGUUAGGAAAGUUGCGAGAACACAAGUUCUAUGCUUGUUUAUGGAAAUGUCAUUUCUACAAACGCCAGCUGGAAUACCUCGGUCAUCUUGUCGGGAACGACGGACUUAAAGUCGACCCCAAGAAGGUGGUGGCUGUUCAGAAUUGGCCCGUCCCACAAGACGUGGGCCAGAUCAGAUCCUUCCUAGGCCUGGCCAAUUAUUUCCGCCGGUUCUUGGAAAAUUACUCAACUGUCGUUGCCCCUCUGACAGCACUCACCCGAAAGGGUAGUGCAUGGGAGUGGACUCGACAAUGCCAAGAGGCAUUUGACAAAGUCAAAACAAAGCUGACCAAUGCUCCGGUUCUGGUAUUGCCAAAUCCUUCUAAACCCUAUGCGGUGGUCACAGACGCCUCGACAGUAGGGAUUGGGGCGGUACUCUUGCAGGAGGGCCGCCCAGUGGCGUUUGAGAGUAGGAAACUCUCCCCGGCAGAGCAGCGCUAUACGACGUCAGAACAAGAGUUGCUGGCGGUCGUGCAUGCGCUACGCACAUGGCGAUGUUAUCUGGAAGGUGUGGAGUUUGUGGUCACGACAGAUCACUGUCCGAACACCUAUUUUUCUACUCAAGCCACGCUCACUCAGCGCCAAGCCCGCUGGGCAGAACUCCUUAGUGGGUUCACAUUCGAUAUUCGAUAUCGUGCAGGUUCUACGAACAUGGCUGACCCCCUCAGCAGACAGUCGAUAGGGGCAGCGACUGGGCUUGAAGAAACCGAGGAUAAGGCAAUGGUUGCUGCUUGCUUCGGUAUUCUUGCCGUGGCUCGAGUGAGUGAGGUCACCUUCAGUGGUUUUCUGAAACGCAUCCGCACAGGAUACCAUAUUGACUCCUGGUUUCAGAACCCACAAAAUACGAAGGGCCUCAAAUACGAGCAUGAGCUCUGGUGGCGAGAGCAUGAGAUUGUGGUACCCCACGUGGGUAACCUGCGGAAUGAUAUAAUUGAGGAAGUGCAUAGCACCAGGUACGGGGGACACCUGGGUAUCAAGAAAACCCGGUGGGCCUUAAGUGACGUAUACUGGUGGCCUGGAUUGGGGACUGAGGUCCAACAAUUCGUGUCGCGUUGUGAUGCAUGCGCACGCAACAAGUCAGACACGAAAAAGCCUGGUGGUUUGCUUCAACCACUGGAGAUUCCAGACGAACCCUGGGAGAGUGUCUCACUGGAUUUCAUCACAGACCUCCCAAAAACACGAGACGGUCAUACUGCAAUCUUGGUCUUUGUGGAUCGACUGACCAAAAUGGUGCACUUCGUUGCCACUACGACAGACGUAUCUGCGGAAGAUACGGCCAAGUUGUUUGUAGCACACGUGUUCCGCUUACACGGGUUACCGCAUGUGCUGGUGUCCGAUCGAGAUCCGCGCUUUACAAGCCGGUUCUGGCACGAAGUUACACGGACACUCGGAACGAAGCUAAAGAUGUCGUCAGCCUUCCAUCCCCAAACGGAUGGGCAGACAGAGCGGGCAAAUCGUACACUUGAGCAAAUGCUUCGUUCAUUCAUUGGCCCAACUCAGGAUGAUUGGGAUGACUUGUUACCUGUGGUUGAGUUCGCAGUGAACAAUUCCGUCCAUGAAGGUACCCACGAAAAACCCUUCAUUCUGAACUGUGGUCGGCAUCCCACGACACCUGCUACGCAUGGUCGGCAUCCCUGCCGCGCAAGACUUUGUGGGCAAGCAGCAAGAAGCGCUCAAGUCUGCUCGCCGCUGGCUGCAACUGUCUCAGCAGCGACAAAAGUCUUAUGCCGACAUGAAACGCCGGGAAGUCUCUUUUGAGGUUGGAGACAAGGUAUUAUUGAGCA